AUGGUAUUGGUUAAUACUAAAAAAGAAAGAAUUGAAAGUAUUAAUGAAAAACGUAUUCAGUUAUUAAAAACGAAAUUUUUUGUUUAUGAAUCUACAGGUAUUCAAAGUCAAUUAACAUCUCGAAAUAGAACAAUUACAUUAAAUGUAAGAUUCUGUUUGAAAUAUUUGAUAAAGUCCAUCGAAUGUAGUUCAUCUGUACUUGAACAUGAUAAAAAUAAUUCUAUUAAAAAUCUUUCUAAUAGAAUUGAAAGAAAUCAUGUACAAAAUUUUGAUCGAUAUAAAAACGAAGAUGAAUCAACACGAAAUGCAAUAAAUGAAUCAUGUGAAUUUAUUCCAUCUUCAAAUAUGAUUCGUUAUUCAAAUCUUCUUCAUGGAAUUCUACUUUAUGUAGAUAUAAAUAUUAAUUCAACAAAUAUAAUAAUUAAUCAAGGAAAACAACUCUUUUGUGGAACGAGUAUUUCAUCUUCCCAUAGAAACAUUGCAUAUGCUUCGUGA